CAUCCGCCGAAAAUCUCCACCACUACGGCGGACCUCUCCGGGGAGCCUUCGUUAAAAGCACCGACACAGGUGUCAGUCUCCGCCCUCCGCCACCUCCAGGCCACCGCAUUGCCCUGUCAAAUUACCAAAAACACCCUCCACAGUACAAUUAAGAUGCUGUCCACGACUGCAUUAUUAUUAUCUUAUAAAUCAUCGUCAUUAUUAGCUGGCGUAUCAGAUGCCUCACUCCCACGCUCCUUUUCUUCUUCUGCUGCUUCUUCAUUGUCUCCGCCAUUUCACUUCCUCAUCGGCAAGAGGCCGAGACGGUGGCGCAGCCGUAGCUGCCGGAGGGGAAUCAGGUCAAUGCCUUGCUCUUCGAUCAACGCUGCGAGUGUUGGUGGCGGCGAUAAUGGUUCAUUCCGCAACUUCAUGCUGAACGAGUCGACGUUCCUGGCCUCCCUCAUGCCGAAGAAGGAGAUUGGCGCCGAUCGCUUCAUCGAGGCCCAUCCUGAGUACGACGGCCGUGGCGUCGUCAUCGCUAUCUUCGAUUCUGGAGUUGACCCAGCCGCCGCUGGGCUUCAAGUUACGUCAGAUGGGAAGCCGAAAAUACUAGAUGUCCUUGACUGUACCGGGAGUGGAGAUAUCGAUACAUCAAAAGUGGUGAAGGCUGAUGCUGAUGGCCGUAUUGUUGGAGCUUCAGGGGCUUCUCUUCCUGUUAACCCAUCAUGGAAAAAUCCUUGUGGUGAAUGGCAUGUGGGCUGUAAAUUGGUCUAUGAGCUUUUCACAGACACGUUGACAUCUCGUUUAAAGAAAGAACGAAAAAAGCAGUGGGAUGAAAAAAAUCAGGAGGAAAUCGCCAAGGCUGUUAAGCGGCUUGAUGAAUUUGAUCAGAAACAUGUAAAGAUUGAGGAUGCAAACCUGAAGAAGAUUAAGGAAGACCUCCAAAACCGAGUUGAUAUCUUGCGAAAGCAAGCUGAAAGCUAUGAUGACAAGGGCCCUAUCAUAGAUGCUGUUGUAUGGCAUGAUGGAGAAGUUUGGAGGGUUGCUCUUGACACACAGAGUAUUGAAGAUGAUCCAGAUUGUGGGAAACUUGCUGAGUUUGAACCCCUGACUAAUUUCAGGAUAGAGCGCAAGUACGGCAUGUUCAGCAAGUUAGAUGCCUGUACUUUUGCUGUUAAUAUGUAUGAUGAAGGCAACGUCCUCAGUAUCGUAACGGAUAGUUCUCCUCAUGGUACUCAUGUUGCUGGUAUUGCUACAGCUUUUCACGAAGAGGAGCCCUUACUGAAUGGAGUUGCACCUGGGGCUCAAUUAAUAUCUUGUAAAAUUGGAGAUUCACGGCUGGGGUCAAUGGAGACAGGAACUGGUUUGACGCGGGCACUCAUAGCUGCUGUUGAGCACAAAUGUGAUCUCAUCAAUAUGAGUUAUGGUGAACCUACACUACUGCCAGAUUAUGGACGCUUUGUUGAUCUUGUCGAUGAAGUUGUAAACAAGCAUCGAUUGAUUUUUGUAAGCAGUGCUGGCAAUAGUGGACCAGCAUUAAGUACUGUGGGUGCACCUGGAGGUACUUCCUCAAGCAUUAUAGGAGUCGGAGCAUAUGUGUCUCCUACAAUGGCUGCUGGUACACAUUCUAUGGUUGAACCUCCCCCUGAAGGACUAGAGUAUACUUGGUCUAGCCGAGGACCGACAGCUGAUGGAGAUCUCGGUGUCUCUAUAAGUGCCCCGGGUGGUGCUGUUGCCCCUGUCCCCAAAUGGACUCUUCAAAGACGCAUGCUAAUGAAUGGAACAUCAAUGGCAUCUCCAUCAGCUUGUGGUGGAGUUGCCUUGCUUAUCAGUGCUAUGAAGGCAGAAAGCAUCCCAGUGAGCCCAUACACAGUGAGAACAGCUCUUGAAAAUACGUGCAUUCUUAUAGGUGCUCUUCCAGAAGACAAACUAUCCACUGGACAAGGGCUUAUGCAAGUUGAUAAGGCUUUUCAGUAUGUAAUGCAGUAUCGGGAUUUUCCAUGUGUCCGGUACCAACUAAAGAUCAAUCCGUCUGGAAAGUCUGCUCCAAUAUCUCGUGGAAUUUACCUAAGGGAAGCUAGUGCUUGCAAACAAUCUACUGAGUGGACUGUGCAAGUCGAGCCAAAGUUUCAUGAAGAUGCAAAUAAUCUAGAGGAGUUGGUUCCUUUUGAGGAAUGUAUUCAGUUGCACUCCACUGACAAGUCGGUUGUAAGGCCUCCUGAGUAUCUCCUCCUUACUCACAAUGGUCGAAGCUUCAACAUUGUCGUGGAUCCUAGCAAUCUUAGCAGUGGUCUUCACUAUUAUGAAGUCUAUGGCAUUGACUGCAAAUUGCCGUCGCGUGGCCCUCUUUUCAGAAUUCCAGUUACUAUAACAAAACCAGCGGCUAUACUGAAUCGUCCUCCAGUAGUUUCUUUCUCAAAAAUGUCAUUCGAACCAGGCCACAUAGAGCGGAGAUAUAUUGAAGUCCCACUAGGUGCUACCUGGGUAGAGGCAACCAUGAAGACAUCAGAGUUUGAUACAACUCGUAGAUUUUUUGUUGACACUGUCCAGAUCUGCCCCCUGCAAAGGCCCAUGAAAUGGGAGAGUUUUGUGACAUUCUCUUCUCCAUCUGCUAAAAGCUUUGCCUUCCCAGUGGUGGGUGGUCAGACAAUGGAAUUAGCAAUAGCACAGUUUUGGUCAAGUGGAGUAGGAAGUCAAGAAAGCGCCGUGGUGGAUUUUGAGAUUGUCUUUCAUGGAAUUGACAUCAACAAAGAUGAAGUAAUACUCGAUGGCAGUGAAGCACCAGUCAGAAUUGAUGCUGAAGCUCUGCUUGCAUCUGAGAAACUUGCACCCGUUGCCAUUCUCAACAAGAUGAGAAUUCCGUAUCGACCUGUAGAGACAAAACUUACCGCUCUCUCAUCAAGCAGAGACAGGCUACCUUCUGGCAAACAAAUAUUAGCCCUUACAUUAACCUACAAGUUAAAAUUGGAAGAUGGAGCAGAAGUAAAACCUUACAUUCCACUACUUAACAAUCGUAUAUAUGACACUAAGUUUGAGUCUCAAUUCUAUAUGAUAUCAGAUGCAAACAAGCGUAUACAUGCAAUGGGGGACUGUUACCCAAAAUCUUCUGUACUCCCCAAGGGAGAUUACACUUUACAGUUAUACCUAAGGCAUGACAAUAUGCAAUAUUUGGAGAAAAUGAAGCAGUUGGUGGUGUUUGUGGAGAAAAAUCUGGAGGACAAGGAUACCCUUCGAUUGAGCUUUUUCUCCCAACCAGAUGGUCCGGUGAUGGGAAAUGGAGCUUACAAGUCCUCUGUCUUAAUUCCAGGAAAAAAGGAAGCGAUAUAUUUGGGCCCACCAGUGAAAGACAAGCUCCCAAAGAACUGUCCACAAGGGUCUCUGCUGGUUGGAGCAAUCUCAUAUGGAAAACUAUCAUCUGCUGGUUCUGGUGAAGGAAAAAACCCACAAAAGAACCCUGUGUCUUACCAGAUAUCUUAUGUUGUGCCACCCAAUAAGGUUGAGGAGGACAAGGGAAAAGUUUCAUCCGCAACUACAAAGUCUGUGGCGGAACGGUUAGAAGAGGAGGUUCGCAAUGCAAAGAUAAAGUUUCUGGGUACUCUUCAGCAAGGCACUGAUGAAGAAUGCACAGAGUGGAAUAAAUUGAAGGCACACCUUAAGUCAGAGUACCCAAAACACACUCCAUUGCUUGCUAAGAUCUUGGAAGGCUUACUUUCUCGUAGUAACGUUCAGGACAAAGUUCGCCACCAGAAGGAGGUUUUUUUUUGGUUUCCAGUCAUAGAGGCAGCAGAUGAAGUUAUUGAUAGCAUUGACACAGAGGAAUUGGCCAAAUUCUUUGCUUUCAAAAGCGACCCCGAAGAUGAGGAGGCGGAGAAAAUGAAGAACAAGAUGGAGACGACCCGUGAUCAACUAGUAGAGGCUUUAUACCAGAAAGGCCAGGCCCUGGCCGAAAUCGAGUCUGCUAAUAGAGAUGUGGAAUCUGCAAGUGAAGGCUCCAAAGAUAAGGAUGGGAAUAACGAUCAAUCUGCAUGGGAAGUCAUCGACUCGGAUCUCUUUGAGGAGAACUUCAAGGAAUUGAAGAAGUGGGUUGAUGUGAAGUCUGCGAAGUAUGGUAACCUGCUAGUCAUACGUGAGAGGCGAUCGGGAAGGCUAGGAACAGCUCUCAAGGCAUUGAACGACAUGAUCCAAGAAGAUGCUGAUCCUCCCAAGAAGCAGCUCUACGAACUGAAACUCUCUUUGCUUGAAGAGAUGGGUUGGGGCCACCUUGUAACGUAUGAGCGGACAUGGAUGCACGUUCGGUUCCCGCCAAGCUUGCCGUUGUUUUAGUCUUAAGUUCUCAAGGAUUGAUUUGCUUCGAGGAGUGAUAAUGUCCAAUCCUUGCACAAAGAAGUCUUUCAAUCCGUGCUUUGAACUACUACUGUAUCUUAUAUAAAUAAGAACUUGCGCGUGCAAGGCGGUCAAAAUGUGUACGAUGUUACUUGGGAAGCUGUGGUUAGGGUAAGAAUUUCGGUGGGGACCGCGUGAUUUUAUUAAGCUCUUUGUACAUUUAGCGCUCCGUAGCCCUUCAAAACUUAUUGUUAUCAAAUCGAUGAGGAGCUCACCGUUGUAUACAGUUCA